UUCAGAAAGAAGAAAAAGAGCUGGAGAAUAAAGAGAAAGCAAUGGAGGGCUUUUAACGUGACACCACUGACAGCUUUACUGCAUUACAGCGAGCUUAAAUAAUGGGACGCUCAUUUGCAUAACGAGGGAUGUUAUCACCUCUACUGUCAGAAUAAAACACAACAACACUUCUGCCGCUCCUCCCAGAGAUGAAUCGGAUUGGCCUACUUUACGGCACCAAAGAGGUGCGCACAUGCACACAAACACCGGCACAUGCACACGUGUGUUCUGUGAUCGCAAGCUCUCGUACUGUGUGGAUCUGAGCUGUGAGCACUUUAUAGAAAGCCUGGGUUAGCCUCUCAGGUGAGGGCAGCCUUUCAAAAGCAGAAAGAGCUCAGCAGGAGGCUCUUGAUAAAGGCCCCGCACACCUUUUUCCCUGAGAGAUGCAGAGCCGAGCAAAGCUGUGACAUGACAACGCGAUCAUAUUCUAGAGUACAGCUAUUGGAAUCUUUGAAUUGAGCGGAGGAAGUUGAGAGAAGAAAGCCUGGUUUGAAGAAAAAGCAAGCAAAAACAGAGGGACAAACGAAUAAAGUUCAUUGGAGAAAGAGAGAGACGAAAAGACGGGGACAAUGGGGAGGAAAAAGAUUCAGAUCACACGGAUUAUGGAUGAGCGCAACAGACAGGUGACGUUUACAAAGAGAAAGUUUGGCCUGAUGAAGAAAGCCUAUGAGCUGAGUGUGUUGUGUGACUGUGAGAUUGCCCUCAUCAUCUUCAACAGUACCAACAAGCUGUUCCAGUAUGCCAGCACAGAUAUGGACAAAGUGUUGCUCAAAUACACUGAGUACAAUGAGCCACAUGAGAGCAGGACCAACUCUGACAUUGUGGAGACCCUGAGAAAGAAGGGUCUAAAUGGCUGUGACAGCCCAGACCCCGACGCAGACGACUCGGUGGGCCACAGUCCAGAGUCAGAGGACAAGUACCGUAAAAUCAACGACGACAUUGAUCUGCACAUGAUCAGCAGACAGAGGAUAUGUGCUGUGCCCUCCUCCACCUACGAGAUGCCCAUCCCCGUGAAUAACCAGAUAUACCCAGGCAGUCAUAACCUGCUUCCACUGGCCCACCACGGCCUGCAGAGAAACAACAUGUCACCCGGGGUCACACACAGACCACCUAGUGCAGGUGGUCUGAUGGGCACUGAUCUCUCCACUGGCGCGGGCACCAGUGCUGGUAAGGACGGCAUCCCCACAUACUACAGAAAUGGCUAUGGAAACCACCGUAACUCUCCAGGACUUCUGGUGUCCUCCGGAGGCAUGAACAAGAGCAUGCAGGCCAAGUCCCCUCCACCGGUGAACCUGGGGAUGAACAGCCGUAAACCAGACCUUCGGGUACUCAUCCCACCCGGGGCCAAGAACAACAUGCCCUCUAUUUCUGAGGAUGUUGACCUUCUGUUGAAUCAGAGAAUAAACAACUCUCAGUCUGCGCAGUCCCUGGCUACCCCUGUGGUUUCUGUAGCGACGCCCACUCUACCGGGGCAGGGAAUGGGUGGCUACCCAUCAGCCAUUUCCACCUCAUAUGGUACUGAGUAUUCUCUGAGCAGUGCGGAUCUGUCUUCUAUAUCUGGCUUUAACAGUGCCAACACUCUGCAUCUGGGCUCAAUGAGUGGAUGGCAGCAACAUCAGAUCCAGAACAUGCAGCACUCUGCUCUCAGUCAGCUGGGAAAUUGCUCUAGCACUCACUUAUGUCAGGGUUCAAAUCUCUCCCUGCCCUCUACUCAAAGCCUGCACAUCAAGUCCGAACCUGUUUCUCCUCCUAGAGAUCAAUCCAGCAGCACCACGCCCGCCGGCUACGGCCCGCUACCGUCCCACCAGCAGCACCAGGGCCUGCCCCCACAGGGGCGACAGGACUCGGGCCGCUCCCCGGCCGACAGCCUCAGCAGCUGCGGCAGCUCACAUGAAGGCAGCGAUCGCGACGACCACCGUCCCGACUUCCAUUCGCCAUUAGGAUUGGGCCGGCCUGGCCUGGAUGAGCAAGACAGCCCAUCCAUCAAGCGUGUCCGCCUCUCGGAGGGGUGGGCCACAUGAUAAGCGAUGCCUCGCCUUGGACAGCCCCAUCCUCGAUCUUGACCUCCCCAUGCGAAGCGGUUCAUGCGCUUUCUGCCGUUUAUGACUAGUCAAAAUCAUUGCUCUCCCUUAUUCUCUGAUUUGCUGUAGAGAGGGGAGGAAGUGCUCUCAAAAUUACCUGUAAUUUUUAUAUUAUUAUUAUUAUUUUAUCAGAGUGUAUCUGAUAUACAUAUUGUUGUGAUUGAUGGGUUUUCAGGGAGGGAAGAGGGAAGGAGGACUGAUACAACAGGGUUGGGGAGGGUUUAGUGGGUGGGGUUACUAUGCAUAACUUAUGCAGUGUGUGGAAUACAAUGUAAAGAAUUACCAUAUAUGCAUAUAUAUUUACACAUUGUGUAAUGUAUGCAGAGUAACAAACCAACAAAAAGUGUCAGGUACUCUUGGAUCUUCUUCUCUUUUUUUUUUUUUUAAGUACAUGCCUCAGUGAUGUUCAGCCACAAGAGGAGCACAGCAGAGAGCGUAUCGCAGAGGUGACAGCUUAGCACUUGAGUUGUUGUAUCAGUACAAUAUGUACAGAUUUCUUUUUUUAGUGCCACUCUCUCCCUUCGCUAAAUGUAUGUUAUGGUUGACAAUGUCAUGUUGCAGGUUCAACGUAUUGUACAUAAAGGAAAGGCUGGGACAUGGGGGAAGGGUCAAGGUUGCUGAUUUCACACAAACAUAACUGUUAUGCAAGAAUUUCGAAGGAUUGUACAGAUAUAUGUGCAGGUUCCUUGGUUAAGUUAUGGGGAGUGGAUAUUUCAGGAAAAAAAGAACUCUCCUGCUGAAGGAAAGAAAAUAGCAGGAUGGAGUGGCAUCGCAGAGAUGAAGGACUUUAAAUUAAGAGCCAUGUUACUUCAGUCUGUUGACAUUUUAAUCUAGGACUUGCAGUUGUUGUUCAGUAUUAAAAGAAGAAAAAGAGAAAAAAAUUGUAUGAUACACUUGCUUAUAUUUUCAUAUCAAAAAGGAAUACAAUGCAAAGCAUUUUUGUGGCUUUUUGUAGUUUAUAAGAGCCAGAAUGUGUUUUGAUAGCUUUGCUUAUAUGAGAAAUGAUAGUAAAAGGAUGAGAAACCUUGGGCUUUUCAACCAUAAGCCAUGAAAUCUGAGACAGUGAACACUUGCUUUGCUCAAUGUUUUUUUUUCUCUCUCUCUCUUUCUCUCUCUUUGUAGAAGUUUUGUUUUUAAAUGUGUAUUUCUAAGUAUAUUGAAUAAUAAUAUUAAGAAUCUUUUUGAAAAAUCUGUGAAAUUAACAUGCUUGUGUAUAGCUUUCUAAUAUAUGAAUAUAUAUGAUAAACAAUUAUGUUCAUAACUUUUUCCCUAUUGCGAGGAUGUGCAGUUGCACAUGUUAUUUUUUUUUCCCCCACUUCUUUUUUUUCCUCCACCGGACUGAGUCUUUCAGGGGCAAAUACAUUCAGAAUGAUGCUUUCAAAUUUAAGUCGCACUCAUAAAUAUGCCCCCUUUUUUUAAUAAGCACCAGAUAUCCACUUUGGUCUGGAAUAUUCACAACCUUUUAAAGUUCCCAGUGUCACAUUAAUCGACAUUGCACUGAAGAUUUUAUAAUAUAAGACAGCACAGUCAUAGAUACCUCAUGACUGCUUGUGUAAGUUUGUGUCAUCAUUUAGUGGAUUGUGACUAGUUUUGUUCAAUUGAUAUACCUAUCUAUCAUUGUGCAUUCUGUGAUUUUGACAGGAUAUAUGUUAAGUCUGUUUUUUUUCUACCAAAGACAAAAAGUGGUGUUAUGUUUGCCAAUCCAUUGUCCUUUCUGGGUUUGAGACCAUUGUGUUUCUUCACAAGUUGUUCAAGCUAGUGGCUGGUACCUCUGACUCACCUUCCCAGUGCCUCAGAUUACCUUUCAAUGAGUUGGUCUUGUUGGUCUUGAAUUGGGAACAUUCUCCUAUAACUAACAAGUGUACGGUAUUGUCAAAAAUGCCAUUGUUUGUUAUAUAGAUUUUAACUGUCCAUGUUUGACUCUCCGGUUAUUUUUCUUUCUUACUUUUUCUUUUCCUGUUUUUUUUUUUUAAUUUUUAUUUUCUUAGAUUGACCUUUUUUUUUUUUGGUUGACCUUUUCUUUUCUCUCUCUUGAGUGUUGUUUCCAUCAAGUAUAUAAAUAACAAAAUAAAAAUGAAAAAAAAAAUGCUGAAAAAUUCUGUAGUAACAAAUGUAGCUUGUAUAAACCUACAAUGGGUAAGGUUGAAAGAAAGUUUCUUUUUCUUUUCUUUUUUUUUCUCUAACCAGGAGAAAGAGGCUUUCAGCGGCACAAGCUGGACUUUGUCGCCACUUGAAGACAAGAUGUAAUUAAAUUAAACCACAUCUCUGUAUCUCAAGGGACUUGAUUCAGCUGUAUGUAGUAAAAAUUAAUGUAUGGAAUAAAAAAAAAUGUUUCUCCUGCUGGGACUAAAAAAGGUAUUUGUAUUUUGCAGAGAAUUCAGUAAAGUUACUGGCUUUCUUAGUUA